AUCUAUGGGCUAUUGUGAACAAUGCCGGAGUUCAAAAAGGGUUUUCUGUCGAACUUACUGGAAUUGCUGAAUUCAAAGACACUAUGGAAGUCAAUGCUAUUAGCCCUGUCCGGGUCACUAAAGCCUUUUUACCUCUAUUAAGACAGACGAAAGGUCGGGUCAUCAACAUGAUUAGUUUAGCAGGAAGAGUUACUAUGCCCCAUUUUUGUCCUUACGUCAUGAGUAAGUUCGCAGCAGUCGCUUUCACUGAGUGCUUAAAACAAGAAAUGGAUGUCUGGGGAGUCAAGGUGAUUUCGGUAGAGCCAGAAAUGUUCAUGACUCCCAUUGUCCUCCAUACUGUAAAGCACAUAGAUGACACAUGCGACUCACUGGAGAAAGAUGUAAGAGAUGAUUAUGGCGAGAAAUUCUUGAAAGGCUUUAAAGAAUUUUUUGAGUGCUUGACGAGUAUGUCUUCGAAUAAAAUAAAUGUCGUCAUCGACGAUCUAGAAUCUGCAAUAGCUCUUGAAUAUCCGGAUGCGGUAUAUAAACCACGUCGGAAUUUUCCAGCACGAAUUUCAUGUUAUAUUCUAGAACAUUUUCCAAGAAGUGUUGUUGACUGGUUCACGCGCAUCAUUUUUGCGCUGAUGGGGCUGCCGACACCAAAAGAAGCUGAAAAUACUACAUAAUAUGGAUUCAAAAAAAGAUAAAAAUAAUGAAUUACAUCUGAUUUGCUGAAACUUAGUUAUAAAUUGUUGCUGCUGGUGUAUAAAAUAUUUUCAACCAAAAUGGAAAAAGAAAGUUUGAAAACGCUUAUUUGCUAGUUUUACAUAUAUCUUAUACUUAGAAUUAUAACUCUGUUGAUAAACUGCAAACCACAUAUGAAGAGUACUUUGAAAAAGAUGAUAACAUAUCGAAACAAACUAUUUUGGCCAUAGAAUACUUGAUCUCAAACGUAACAUCAAGGUGCUAGAAUUCUUUUAGUAGUGAAAUCGAAGAGGUUAGAUGCAAACAUAAGUGUGACACAAAAGAUUAUUAAAAAAUGAUAAAUAAAUAAAAUAAAAGCAUUUAUUACAGAUCCAUUGUACUAAUUGUACUCUCAAAGGACAACCGCAAACCACAUGCCUUAAAACGGCGAUGAAGCAACUACGCAAAGCUCCUGGAAUACAGAAAGCGUAUCGCACUAGCGAUCGAAAUGCUGGCAACGAUCUCCUCAUCAGAUAUAAGCGCAAACUUUUGAGAUAUCCAUAUAAAAGAAAUCGAAACACAAUAGACAGAGCGACUGUAGGGCCCAAGCUAUAAUCACCUCGCCGAAAAUCCUGAAAGAUUUGAAACGUUCGCAUUCAGAUAGUUCCCUGCUUCUUGUCAAAAAUGAACUGGUGCUGUUAACGUGCACAAAUCACAUAUCCAGCCGGAUGCUUGCUUCCAUAUCUUCCCGUAAAUUUGGUAAAAUUUCCUCCUGGAAAGUAUGGUACUUUAUACCGCCAGAUCGGUCUCUCAUACUAUAUGACCCAUUUAGACAUUCAUGAAUGAUUCUUUCCCAUACGUUUAUAGAGAAUUGCUGCUGCAUAUCUGGUUAUAUUGUUCACGAUUGUCCACUUUUUCAAAUAUGUCGAAGGCUUCAUGUAAUAAAUCUAUUGGGAGGGUAUGAAA